GGGAAUGUAUAAAGUACGUCUAUUUGCUAUAAGUCAAUGGAAACUGUAGGCUUUAAAAAUGUCAGGGUUGAUGGGCUCCUCUGUGUUUCCUCAGGGAGGACCAGGUGAUGAGGGAGACAUAGGGGAACCUGGACUCCCUGGUGACAAUGGAGCCAAUGGCCAAGCAGGAAAACCAGGACCCUCAGGUGAUCCAGGACCCAAAGGGCAGAAGGGCCAAAAAGCUGAACCUGGGAUACAGGGAGACCGGGGAUUUCCCGGGUCUCCGGGUAAAAGAGGGUUCAAAGGCAGGGGAGGACCAUCUGGUUUCCAAGGUGACACAGGGCGUCACGGUGACCGGGGACAGAAAGGCACCAAGGGCUAUGAUGGAACAAUGGGGGAGCAAGGGAAGCAGGGACAGGAUGGGUUUAAGGGUGACAGAGGUCGACAAGGUAUACAGGGAAGUCCUGGCUCCAGAGGUGAAAAGGGUCGUGCAGGCCGUGGAGGAUUUGCUGGUUUGCCUGGCCCCUUGGGCGAGAUGGGGAAAUCGGGAGAAAGAGGACCUGAAGGAGAUCCCGGUAUUAAGGGAAAGCCAGGACUUCCUGGUUCGGCUGGACCUUGGAGGCUCAAGGGGUUGCAAGGUCUCCCUGGGAUUCAAGGCGCUGAUGGACUGCAUGGAGCUCCAGGGCCUGUUGGAGAACCUGGUUUAGAUGGAGAAGCCGGACCUCCAGGUCCAAAGGGUGUUGAGGGGAAGCCUGGGGCUGCCGGACGUCAAGGUCCUGUUGGGAAUAUUGGGGACGCUGGUGGGAGAGGAGAGACUGGCAGUCCAGGAAGACCAGGGAUCAAGGGUGUACAAGGUAAACCAGGACCAAAAGCAUUUUCAGGGAAUCCUGGUCAAAAGGGGCACAGAGGUCCAGAAGGUGUGAAGGGGGCACCUGGAAGUCCAGGUUGGCGAGGUGUGCCAGGACCCAAAGGAUACAGUGGAUCUCCUGGUAUGCAGGGUAAUAUUGGACCUUGGGGAGAAGUGGGACUCCAAGGACCACCAGGAGACAAAGGUCCUCCUGGAGUAAUAGGUCCGCAAGGAGCUACAGGCUAUCCCGGUAUGGAUGGAUCUCCAGGAUCAGGUGGAGUUGGAAGUAAGGGAGAUAAGGGAUUAGAAGGAUCUGAGGGACAGAAAGGAGUUGCUGGUGUCGAUGGUGAGGAGGGGCCGCCUGGAUUGAAGGGGGUCAUGGGACCAUCCGGGGCAAAGGGGCAGCUUGGAGAGAAAGGAAAGCGCGGCUCUCCUGGUGCUGAGGGUUUGAAGGCUGCCCCUGGAGAGAGGGGCAGCAGAGGAAAACAGGGUGCAGAGGGACGACCUGGGAGUCAGGGCUACACAGGCUCUCCAGGAAAGAGAGGAGAAUCCGGACUCCCUGGAGAGAAAGGCCAGCAGGGUGCUCUGGGUUCGACAGGGCUCCCGGGGAGAUAUGGACCUGGGGGUGAGAUCGGUGUAGGUGGGGCAGCGGGAGACAAAGGCUUUCGAGGGCUGACUGGUCCUCCUGGCAGGCUGGGUUUGUCUGGCCUUCAGGGAGAAAAGGGGAAGGAGGGUUUGCGAGGAAAAGAAGGCAUUGUGGGAACUGAUGGACGUGCUGGACCUAAGGGGAAUUCUGGGAGACAAGGAAAGACCGGGUUUCCAGGUGUUAAAGGACAAAAGGGUUUCAUAGGUCUUAAAGGACAUAAAGGAGACUUUGGAAUGAGAGGACACAUGGGCUCUGUGGGGCCUAGAGGAUUCAGUGGGGCUCUGGGCCCCAAAGGCAGGAGAGGACCACAGGGGCCGCGUGGAGGCAAGGGCCAUCAAGGCAGACCAGGCCCAAAAGGCUUGAAAGGCAGCAAAGGAAUUAAAGGAAGGGAAGGUGCCAUUGGUAAACUGGGCAGUGAAGGUGCCAGAGCGGGGCGUGGUCAUAUCGGCCCACCUGGACCACCGGGUCAUGCGGGUUUGGAUGGUCUCCUCGGAGUUCAGGGAAAUGAAGGCGAUCCAGGUGAUAUUGGUCGCAGGGGAGCCUCAGGGAGACCUGGCCAGCAGGGGGUGCAGGGUUCACCGGGACUAACAGGUUUAAUGGGACCCCAGGGAGCCCCAGGUCCAAAGGGUUUUCCAGGCACAAAAGGAAAACGUGGCCCUGCUGGGCCCGUGGGGCCAAAGGGCAUUGAGGGACUCAGUGGAGAACAGGGACACGGGGGCAGUGUGGGGCAAAAGGGAUUUCCUGGCAUUAGAGGGCUUCCUGGACCUGUGGGUCCACAGGGGACUAAAGGGAAACAAGGCCAGCCGGGAUAUCAAGGUGCUCCUGGCCCUGAAGGCCAACAGGGAAUCACAGGUCCUCAGGGUCCACCAGGACGAAAAGGGUUUCCAGGUCUUCCGGGACUUCCUGGAAAGAAGGGGAUGAAAGGCAUGCAGGGAAUUGCUGGAGCAAAGGGACUGAAAGGACACAGAGGCCCCCAAGGAAAAUCAGGUCCUCCUGGACAAAGCAUACGGAGCGAACUACUAAAUUACUCUGGGCUGUCUGCAUUGGUUCGGGGAUUAGUGACUGUGGCCUGGAGCGGUUCUGAUCCACAGCAGGACCAAGGUGCAGCAGAACUUUUGGAGAUGUUCAGCUGGUCACAGGGCACCAAGGACAGCCCUGCCACCACAUGCUCAGAACUCAAGCUAACUCAUCCCCACCUAAAAGAUGGGCAUUUUUUUUUGGACCCCAAUCAGGGCUGCCCUUUCGAUGCCCUGUAUGUCUUCUGUAACUUCACAGCAGGAGGGUCCACCUGCAUCUCACCCAUCAGAUCACAGGUCACAGGAGGUUGGGAAUCGGAGCAGGAGGACACUUAUACCUCUGGCACAUGGUUCAGUCAGCAAAAAGGGGGAUUCAGAUUUGAAUAUACAGGUCUUAAUCCAGUUCAGCUCCGGUUUCUUCGGCUACACAGUCACUCAGCCUCACAGCAUUUGACCAUAGCUUGUCCUUCCAACCACAAUACAAUGACUAACAGAACAAUACAUAUUUUGGGCGACAACGGAAAUGAGAUGGAAGCCUUGGACUCCUCCUACAGCACAGUGUCGCUACGUGGUUGCGAGAUGGAGGUACGGUUUGCUGUGAAGAGCGGCUCAGACUCUCGAGACGGGACCUUGGACCUGCUACCCAUCAGAGACCUCAGCGCGAAUGGCUGGGGCGACAGCUGGAUGAAGGACUCCGGGGCAGUCUUAGGACCCUUGUGCUUUUUGUAGCUGAAUCCCAUGAAAAGCAGCUGUUCAACGUGGAGGGACAUGCUUUUUAAGGCUUUGAUUUGAAACAGGAGAAACAAUGGAGGACGGACACUGGAUUGUAUAUCCCUGGCUGAGCUAAGAGCAAUGGGAGCCAAAGGAAUUUUGGGCAGUAUGUGGGUAGUAUUUUCGGAGAUUUAUAAAUGGUUUGAUUUCUUAGAAUUUGAUUUGAAAUUACUCAAAUCAUGAUUUCUAAUAUUAAUUGACAUUUCAUUUAUUCAGAUGUUAUUGUUAUACGUGUCUAAACCUAACUUUGUCUGAAGAUUACAGGAUAAUGUGUGUCCUAUUUGCUAUUUACCUAUUUGCCAUGCCAUUGUAAAAACUAAAAUGCACAAAAUUAUCUACUGAACAUUUAAAAACAUUCCAGGGAUAUUUUGAUGUC